GUUAAUUUGUUGUCGUUCUUUCUUCGCAUUGAGUGCGCAUGCGCGAGGAUUCAACAUCGCGCCGUUGCGAAUACACGCCAGUUCGACAUCAUCGAUACAUCAGGCAUGACUGAGAAACAAGCAAUGGAUUCACGCCUCCUGUGUUCAGCUUCACGGACUGAAGCAACCCCAAGUACCAGCCGUGACGGUACCCAGGGCGCUUCAUCUACUUUGGGCGCCUACACAACAAUUCCUGAGCGCACCGAGGUUGACCAGUCGAACACGCAGUACCACCGGGCUGAAAGCACAUCAUCUGUCAACGACUUGACAGGAAACGGAAGCACCGGUCACCCGCUUCCGGUAUACAGCAGCGGCGGCGACGACGCAGUGCCCAGUACAAGUCACGUGGUCAUGGAGGAAGCAUCGGGCAUUUUGGUAAAUUACGCUAGGAAUGCUACUGGGACCGGAGAAAGGGAACAGCAAGUGUUUUGCGGAGUCUGUGGGAAGAUUUCCAGCAGACGGGAUGUCUUACACGGGCAGGCCAGCGAACAUACGGGUGAUAAAGGCCACAUUUGCAGCGUCUGUGACCCAUCCUCUGUGGACAAGCCAAAGUUCGUAGAACAUUGCCGGAAUCGUGCCGUCGAAAACCACAAAUGCGAUAUGUGUGACAAAUUGUUCCACCGGGCUCAGCAUCUCGCUGUACAUUACCGCACGCACACAGGCGAGAGACCCUACAAAUGCGACUAUAUGUGAUAAAUCUUUCCGGCAGUCUCAUCAUCUAGAUGACCAUAAGCGCACUCACACAGACGAGAAACCUUAUGUGUGCCAAAAAUGUGCUAAACCAUUCAAAAGCAACCGUGAACUCAAGAGUCAUCUGAACUCACAUAGUAAGGACAGACCUUUUGUUUGCAAAAUAUGUAAUCAAUCAUUUAAAUACCAACAAAACCUCAGUUGUCAUCGCCAUAACCACGUGGAUAAAACAUCCUAUCAGUGUACGCAGUGCGGAUUUCGUUUUGCACACAAAAGAAUCCUCGAUAGACAUGUGUGCGGCAAGGUUACGUGCAACUUCUGUGGACGUUUUUUCAGAGAUGCGGCUGAACUGAUUGCACACCUAGAGACGCAUACGGGUGGGCAGCCGUAACAGUGUGACUGGUGCGCAAUCGAAGUAAAUUGCCCGCGGAUUUUGCAUAAUAACGUGGAAGUGACGCCGUGCAGGAAAACAACGCUGACAUUCUACCAAAGGAAUGAUUAACUAAACGCAUCGUGUGUAGAAAACGGCUUAUCUUUUGACGUCUAAAAUGGAUGAGUGAAAUGCACGAUGCAAACGAAAUUACGAGGCAAGACGUCAUCGCCACAACUAUUUGGGCUGCUUCAAUGUCAAAGUAUGCUGCAGGUCCUUGUCAGCGGUCACUGAUUUCAUUCCAAUGUUGUUCGCGAACGUAGCUUUAGCAGACUCAUUUCAAGACAAAGCCUAAUGGGCUGCAAGCUUGUGUAUGUUGUGACCAGAAGGUUGAAAUGUCCACACAAGAUCCUUGACGCCUCGUUUAGUUACUGAUAUUUUUUGUGCAACUGCAGUGUCCCAGGACACAAGCUUUAAUGGACAAUCUUUUUAAUAAUCUUGCAGUGUGAAUGAAUGGGAACGUCUCUCAUCAGGAAGCAUUGAAAAAAGGAACUGUUUUCUUGUCAACUAAAAAGUAAUUUCGGCAAUUAUUUGCGCUCCUAAAGAGCCCUGCUGCCUUCGAUAGCACUUACAAGUGCAUUU